UCCACGACAUAGCACACACUCUCAGUUUCUGAUCAACUUCGGUGCCCAUUCCAUCACCCUCUAUCCGAAAUUCAGAUUCCCAAAUAAAUAAUACCAUGUCAAAUUCUCUGUUUACCUGGUGGGGGUUAAUGGCUGUUUUGAUCCAUGUGUUUAUCAACGUGCAGAGCAGCGAUGCAGCCUUUGAAAAUCUUCGAUCGAGUGAUACGCGUGUAGUCCGUCAAUUAGAUUCCCGCGAAAAUUUAUUAUCCGGAGCAGCUGGACUAACUGCCUUGGCUGGAUCAGUUAAUUUCGUGACGGGAUUGCCCAUCAGAAACCGCCGAAAUCAACACGGGUUCCGUUCAAAGAGAUCCGAACUGGGAUUUGAAAUCGAUGAAGCCAUGGUCCUCGAAGUGGCCGCUACGGACGAGUCAGGAUGCGGUGCCCGUCUUCUCUGUGAACUGCAUCAAGAAGAACCAAAUCAGUUGAAUGGAACCAUCUCACGGAGACUUGUUCAAAUAUUCGACGGCCAACAAGCGCCCAAUUUCGAGCAGCUGCGCACCGAGCCAAAAGCAGCUUUUCAGUACGCGGCAUUUGUUGGGUCCAAGUCGGUGAAGAAUCUGAAAAUUUGCGCCCAAGUUUUCAAUCACUGCCCUUUCAGCGCCAAGAUCAUCCUCGAAGUUUUGAAUAUCAAAUCAGCGGGGAUGGCAGGCGGAGAAACGGAAGGCCCUGCGACAGGGAAUAAUUGAAACAUACAUCUAUACCUUAAUAUAAUAAUAAUAAAUUCAAUUAAGUAAACCAAUUAGUAAUGCCCUAAUUAUCAUCGUCUCACAUCAUUCACGUUGCAGUGUUUCUAACGAUUGAUCAUUAUACGCUUUGAAAAUCAAUACACCUAAAGCCAUGGUAAUAAAUUAAUGAAGCGAG